AUGAGUAAAUGUGAUAACUUCAAAAUAGGCCAAGAAUUCCUCACUGCUCAAAAUUGGCCCGUUACACUGCGCAAUACAACUCAUGAUCGAUGUUAUUGUAAUCAAUGUUAUGCCCCAUCCAGUGACAACACUUAUUUCGUCGGCGGCUACACUUAUGUCGUCCCACGUGAAUGGACUCGAUUUGGUAUACAUAUCGAUGAGCCGUUUGCAAAACACCACAAUGUAUGGAUGUUAUGGGCCAACUGUUACCAUGGAACAAGUAUUGAGUGUGCUAAAUCAAUCGUUGAACAUCGCCAGAUGCUCCUACCUCGUGACAUAACAUUAGAUGGUAAGAAGCUAGAAAUACGUGACGGUCAUAUUCCUGAAGAAUAUUACAUUUUUACUACUCCAACCAUUAAGUACGCUGCUCUUGAGUGCUAUGCUCAUACAUAUAACUUCACAUCUCCAACAACCAACAAAUGUUACAAGAUCAAAGUGGCACUACAGUGUAAACAAAAACAGGAUUCAUUUAUCGUCCAACCUGAAACUGUAGGCGCACGAAAGCGGCGAGAAACAAUAUGUCCGCAUAUAUCCAACGAUUAUAUAGAAUGGAAGACACAGCAGCGCGCAUCUAUUAUGGCAUACGGACUGAUGCUUCACAUUAUGUGCAAUAAUGACAAUACUGCUUAUAAGAAGCCCGAGACAACGAAAGGUCCACAAGAGAUCAAGUGUCCUCAUUGUAGUCGAACAAAUGUUUUUAAAACCAGCGGUUACCGUGAAGGAUCAACUGUUAACUGUGCAUAUGAAAAUUGCAAGAAAAAUUUUCAACAAGUUUGUUGUCCCAAUUGCUCUAAAUGGAUUCCGUUGCAAAAUGCAAAUUAUAACGAAGGACUUACUACCACCUGUCCAUAUGAAGGCUAAAUAGAAACUUCAAUGGCAAAACAUUAUCAUAUGUAUGGAAUUAGUAUUGCACUUGUUGACGCAGAAAUUAAUGUAACUGAUGACGAUCUUGAAAAGAUCAAUGAAGAACGACAAAAACAAAUGCUUAAUCAUCUAAAAAAUGAUGAUAAUGUUACGCUAACUCCAGAUGUUGAACAUACUCGUUGUACAUUUCUUGGUGUUAAUGUUACACAAUCAGAACAUGGUAUUGUAUCAGAUUAUGUUUAUUUCGAAGCUUAUAUGGUUAUGUCUCUACCUACUCUUGCUGCUGCUAUUCGUAUACAUGAAAUAGCUGAACUUAAUCAAGUAAAGAGAGUAAUGAGCUGUUCUAAUGCUGGUAUCAUCCCGACUUAUUGUGAUCAUUUAUGUGAAAUAUUAAAUAAAUUACUUGAUUUUUUAUUUUGUAAUUGA